CCUUCUACAUCAAAGAUUAAAUUGAAUUUUAGGCAAAUAAUUCAUUGUUUGAAAAUUCUAGAGAAUGCAACUUUAUUUUGUACCGAAAACCAAAUGCAUAUUGUUGAAGAAAAUAAAGAAUUUUUGAAGAUGCUUUUAGAAUUUUUAUUGUAUUGUCAUGUAGAAGCUUUUAAUAUAAAUUCACAAGUAUUAUCAUCAGCCAUGGAAUGCUUACUUGGUAGUCUUCGAGUAUUAAUUAAUCUUACAAAUGAUAAUCAAUCAUGUUGUCAAUAUAUUGGAGGAUUUGAUGGAAUUUCAAUUUUGAUGAGAUUAGCCAUUGUUG